GCAUUCACCAUAGAUCAAAGGUUAUAAAUACUGUUACCGCCUUGCUUUCACAGCAUUUCUAUAGAAAGUAGACAGAGGGUGGGAUCGUUCUAACCACUGAAUUUCUCUGACAAAAACUUCAAGAUGGCUGGCUCAAUGGCACUGCGCAGGUUCGUCGAAAAAGGUCGCAAGAUAGUUGGGGUUGGUUUAAAUUACAGACAACUCGCCAAGGAAUUUAACAUGUCUCUCCCGAAUGAACCACUGAUUUUUCUUAAGCCGACAAGUUGCUACCUGGAAGAAGGCAACGGGGCUUUGAUAAGGGCUCCACCCGGUUGCAAAGGUCUUUACUACGAGGUUGAACUGGGUAUAGUUAUCGGCAAGAAAGGCUUCAAGAUCCCUGCAGCCAGCGCUAUGGACCACGGUGGAGGAUACGCCUUAGCAUUAGACAUGACGUCCGUAGACUUGUUACUACCCCUCCAAAAGAUCGGUCACCCAUGGGCCAUUGCCAAGGCGUUCGACACAGCACUUCCCAUAGGCAAGUUUAUAGACAAGGCAGAAAUCCCGGACCCUCACAACCUUCGCAUGUGGCUGGAGCUGAAUGGGGAAUUGAAACAAGACGCAAAUACAAGUGACUUUGUCUUCAAGGUACCUGAAAUGAUCAGUCACAUCACCCGGUACAUGACCCUUGACGAGGGAGACCUCAUCCUGACGGGGAGUCCCCCAAAUAUUCAUCCCGUGAACGAGGGUGACGUCAUCACAUGUGGUAUCGGUGAUAAAUAUAAGAUGGCGUUUGAUGUCGGCCCACACCUUUAAGUGCAAAACCACCGAGCUUCGAUUAGCGGUGUACCAAACGUCGUGUUCAUAGUAGGCCUAUGUUUGUUACAAAUUUUAAUCGCACACGUGGGACCGGUUCGGUAAACGGCCAUUUUUAGAAAGGUGUCAAAAUUGUAUUUGCACCUAGCUUUGUGUGUUGAGUUUGUGGGUGCUGAAGGUGGCUGGAUAAGAGCUGCCUGUAUAUGAUGUUCCAUCAUGGUGUCCUCGUGGGAGUGGGACGAAUUUACCGCACGUUAAAAGGAUGUAUUAUUAUUGUUUUCGAUAUCAUUCAGUGCAAAGUUUUGUCAGCCUCCACAAAAUAAUUUUGCUCCUAAAAACAGCCAGGAAUGAACCGAAACUAAUAAAAAAUAUAUUUACAGUGAAAACAUGUUUUGUAAUACCAACAUUCUUUAUUGCAUAUUGGUGUAUAUUAGUCAUUUUGUUAUAUACAUGAUUUAUGUUAAUAAAUUAUGAAAUUAUUAUUUCAGACGAUAACAAUUAUAGCUGUCCUUUGUAUGUUUCCGUAAAGGCACUGGUCACUGCUGGACACUAUUGGUAAUUACUAAAAAAUAAGUAAGAGCUGUUGAUCGUAAAACAUUACGAGAAACGGCUCCCUCUGACGUAGUUUUUGAGCAAGGGGUAAUUUCUCACUCAAACAAUAUUUAAAGACUUAAGGAGGCCUGACGCAAAUUUUUAUUUGGCAUUUAGUAACAAUGGCAUCUUUUCUUUCAUUAUUCUCUUGCAACUGCUAUUGCCGAUUGAGUCAAAAUUUUCACAGGUUGUUAUUGUAUCCGUUGGAAUUACCAAGUGAGAUUGUUGGUCUUUGAAGAUUCACAAAGGUGCCAAGUCGUGCCUUUAAAAGCCAAUUAC